AUGGCGCUUGAGAAAUCUUUCGAGCCGGCCGUUGAAGCUCAUUCUAGCGAUGAAGAAGCUGUCCCCGUCAAUGUCGACGACGAUUCAAUCGUCGCGGAUUGGACCGAAGCAGAGGAGCUUGCCGUAAAGCGGAAACUUGACUUCAUUCUACUACCUAUCCUAGGUCUUGCAUUCUUUGCACUUCAAAUAGACAGAGGGAACAUCUCAAACGCCCUAACAAGCACCAUUACCCAGGACCUUGGCAUCGAUACGAAUCAGAUUAAUGUUGGAGGCAGUAUUCUGUCAGCAGGCAUCGUCUUGUUGGAAAUUCCCUCCAACAUCCUGUUGCAGCGCAUUGGGCCUCGGAAGUGGCUGUCCACUCAGAUUAUAGCUUGGGGACUCGUCGCUACCUUCCAGAACUUCAUCAAGAACUACGGUGGCUAUCUCGCUACGCGUCUACUAUUAGGUUUGUGUGAGGCGGGCUUUAUCCCCGGUGCGCUAUAUACAAUGUCGACUUGGUACAAGAAAUCGGAGACUAGUCUACGGGUCUCAAUCUUCUUCCUCGGGAAUCUCAUCGCUUCGGCUACUACUUCACUAAUCGGCGCGGGUAUUCUUAGCAUGGGUGAUCGAUACGGUGUAGCGGGUUGGAGAUGGCUCUUUAUAGUUGAGGGAUCUAUCACAAUAGGAAUUGGUAUCAUCUUCAUUCUCUUCCUUCCACCAUCAGUCGGCAAUGGAUCUCCUCUCAUUAGCUUCGGUCGAUGGUCGUACUUCAACAGGCGCGAGUCGUACAUACUAGUACGUCGCGUACUACUCGAUGAUCCAGCUAAGACCACGAACCAUCUACGCAUCUCAGGUAAUGAUAUCUGGACGACGGUUAAGAACCCUAGGAUCUUGUUUCAUAUCGUUAUCACCACUACUGCCACAAUACCAGUGAGUGCGAUAAAUACCUACGGUCCGAGCGUGAUUAAGAGCUUGGGCUAUGGUACCGUAAGGGCCAACGCCAUGGCUAGCGUUGGCGCUUUCAUCGCCGCGAUCAUGACGGUAUUUCUAGGUUGGGUGUGCGACACCACCAAGAGAAGAGGACCAGCAUUGUUAGUCGGCGCGAUUUGGAGUUUGAUUGCGUUUUCUUGCCUAAGAGAAGCAUGGAGGUGGAGCGCCGGGAGGAAGUACGCAGCUGUCGUAUUCUCGAUGGCCAUGAACUCCACCAUCCAUAUUCUCAAUGUCGGUUGGCUAUCGGUGAACUGCCAACGGCCACAAGAACGAAGUGUUGCUAUGGCAAUGAUUAUAAUGGGUGCGAAUUCCGGCGGCAUCGCAGGAAGUCAGGUAUUCCGGACUCAAGAUGCCCCUCUUUAUCAGAAUGCCUUUACUGCCUGUCUAGUACUUUCUGCUGUGGCUGCGGUAGAAAUCGUAGGACAAAGUGUAUGGUACAUCGUUAGUAACAAAAAGCUAGACAAGCAGGGAGAUACUCCUAUCGUGACUGGGAAGACGGACGAAACACCUGACGGGCAGAGAGUUGAGUUAGUAAAGAAAUGGAGGUGGACGUGGUAG